GAUCAAAUGUCAUUAACCGGGACCGGUAAGAGGUCGAUCAUUGAAUGGUUGACGUCGUGGCUGUGUUUUACCGCCACGUACUACGUGCGCGCGUUCAUUCGCAAGUGUCAGCUGCGAACAGGACAGUGCCGUUCGUUUCGGCAAAGUAAACGGGAUAGGGUAGUUAAUUGAUUGACUUUAAGCAGGUACGUGAACUUGCACGGACGUCAAAAUUCUUCCAGAUCAUGAUUCGAUCGAGUCUCGUGUUUAUGCUCGUCGUUGUCAUCGCUUCGCAUGUUACUACCGGUGAAGAUUGUAAAGGUUGUGUGCCUUUGGAUUCUUACUCGUUCGACAAGGUGAUUCCCAAAUUCAAGGCGGUACUUGUUAAAUUUGACGUCGCCUUUCCAUAUGGUGGCAAACACGAGCAAUAUGGGACAGUGGCAGCCGAUACUAAAGAUUCGCAGGAUCUUCUGAUAGCUACAGUAGGCGUCAAGGACUUUGGCAAUAAGGAUAAUUCCGAUCUGGCGCAACGUUAUAAUAUCAAGAAAGAGGAUUUUCCGGUAGUCUUAUUAUUCGUUCAAGGUAAAUCGGAACCGAUUAGAUUUACCACCGAGAAAGAUUCCGAUUUCACCGGGGAAUAUUUGAAGCGAUUCGUCAGAUCCAAGUCGAGAGUAUACCUAGGUCUACCAGGAUGCGUGGAACGGUUGGAUAAAUUAGCCGAGGAAUUCAAAAUCGCGAACGAACAAGAGAGACAGGAAAUAUUAAAGAAAGCAAGGAUCUUCGAAGAAACUCUGCCAGAAGAGCAACGGGAAGCUGCAAAGAUUUAUGUAAAAACUAUGGAGAAGAUCCUAGAAAAAGGAGAUGUUUUCGUACAAACAGAAGAGACGCGAGUACGAGGGCUUCUUUAUAGAGGAAAAUUAUCUAAUCAGAAGAAACGUACGAUGGAAGAAAGACGAAACAUUCUACAGUCAUUCUCAGCGAGAGAUGAACUAUAAAGAAUUAUAAUCAAAUUUAUUAAUGAUUCCAAAUGUCUAAUAAUUUAGUUUCGAAUAUCGAUUAUUUGCUUUGUAGUGAAUUAUUUAAUAUAUUUCAUCCAAUUUUACAUAAACAUCAAUUAAAAUAUACACAUUUGGACGCUAUUCAAAAUACCAAAGUAUAUUGUUACACAUUGCUUAUUGAAUUUCUCUGUGAUGAAGCAUUUCUUGAUCAUAUUUUAUACAAAUAUGUAAGAUUAUUUGCUAUUCAUGAUUGUUUUUUAUGGAUGCUUUGUUUUUUUUUUAUAUAUAUAUAAAUACAUACAAAUGCAAAAUAAAUUAGGUGAUAAAAAUUAAAAAUAUAGGCUUUUUACAUCCAGGAAUAUACUUGUCUAUCUGUCAAAUUAAAUAUUUAUAAAUAAUAUAUAUAAUUAUUCAACCUCUUUGUUACAUGUAAAAAAAAACAAUAAAAAAAUUUAUUGAAAAUAUUUUUCAAGGAGGAAAUGCGCUAUUGUCAGAGUGAUUGUAGAUUAAGAUAUAUUGUAAAGUAUGUAACAAAUGAAUCAAUUUUAUAUUAUUAUAUAAUAUACUAUUUGUAAUUCUUUCAACAUACGAUUUGAUAUUCUUAAGACAGACAUGAUAUACAAUCAUUCUAACUAUCAUUCAUAACUAUCAAAAAAUGAGUGAUUAAUGCAUAGAUCAUCUUCCUGAAUUGAGAAAUAAAUAAAAUUCGGAAGAUUUUCUGUUUAUACAA